AAGCUACCAAUAGCAACCGGCAUAUGUACAAUGAAGCGAACUAAAGCAGAUUGAUCAAUGCAUGAUAAACUAAAAAGUUGAAGAAGAGUAUAGCAUUUGAAGCAUUUCUUACUAAAUAAAAUAACAACAAAUGACAACUAUUAAAAAUGUGGUGGAUUUGGAUGACAUGUUCUACGAAAGUCUCUCAUUGGGCUUGGCAAAGAAAUUUGCAGAUUGCAUUCCACGUAUUACCAACGUAACUUGUGAAAAACGUUUACCAUGUGAGAAGGCACAAGUUACUGCGUGGGAAUCUAGGCAUAACAUUUACCUUCCAGAUGAUAUGAAACGAUUUUAUCUGUCUACCGAUGGAUUUAAUUUCUACUGGAGCUAUCAGUAUUCUCCAAACGAUAUACGUCGCGUAGGACACAUCCAUUUUCCACAUUUGAUACAGAUAACCCUCGUUCGUGACAAUAUUGAUACAAUCCUUAGCUCAAGUCCCAACACUGCCGUGACGAUUCCACCAAUCAUUCGUCAGUCGAAUUACAUUGAUUCCACUUCAGGAUAUCUCAAUCAUCUAAAUCUCAACUCUCGGAGUAAAAUAUUCGAACUGAGCACUAUUACUGACCUAGCGAAAGUUUGCCUGGUAUACGAAACCCCGGAAUCUUCUAAUCCUAAAAUAUUCCUUUUGGAAAUGGGAACAUUCAAGUGGCAGUUCUUGGCGGACACUUUUACCGAAUACCUACGAAUGAGCAUAGCCCACCUUGGUUUGCCGUAUUGGGAGCUAUGCUUCUCGAGUUGCGGAUUGCCGUCCUGGACUGAGCAGCUCUUUUUGCUGCUUGCCCCGCACUUGCUGGAGAAAAACGAGAACCGUAGGCUGAAAAACAUCGUCUGCGUAAAUGAAAAUCCACCGUACAAUGUGCUUGAUCCGGCCGUAUUCAGAACAAAACCACGCUGUUCGAGACAAAGCCAGAAGAAUCGUAUAAACAAUUAAGCGUUUAUUUACAAAAAAAAAUGCCGCGUUUGGAAUGUUUAUUUAACAUACAAAUAGUUUACAGUAUAAUUAAAUGAAUGGUGAACUACAGCGUUUGAAGUAGCGAAAAUAUCGGCUAUGUGUUUAACUACUGCUA